AUGAACGACAACACACAGUUUGAUGAGCAACCGUUGGAUGCUGUAUUUGGUGACAGAGUGCGUAGAUUUCAAGAAUUUCUAGAUAGAGACGAUGCAAAUACCGGUAUCAAUUAUAGGUCACAGAUUCGAAACCUUAUAAUCAAAAGCAAGAAUAGACUCAAUGUAUCCAUUGACCAAAUAAGAGAUUUUGAUCGAGAAUUUUGGCAAGGUUUGCUUAAUCAACCAGCGGAUUACCUUCCGGCAUGCGAACGUGCUUUGAGAGACACAGUGUUGACAAUAUACGAUCCUUCAGAUUCAGAUUUUCCCUCGGAGUUCGAUUCCAGUCAGCAAUACUAUUUGAGUUUCAAAGGGGCUUUUGGUAGUCACUCGGUUACUGCUCGUUCCAUUGACUCUAGUUAUUUGUCGAAAAUGGUUUCCAUUGAAGGUAUUGUCACACGUGCCUCAUUGGUGCGCCCCAAAGUUAUUAGAUCGGUACAUUAUGCAGAGGCAACAGGAAGGUUUUACGCAAGAGAGUACAGAGACCAAACCACUUCAUUUGAUGCCAUCUCGACACCGGCAAUUUACCCAACAGAAGAUAUGGAGGGAAAUAAAUUAACUACCGAGUAUGGGUAUUCCACAUACAGAGAUCAUCAGAAAAUCUCUGUUCAAGAAAUGCCAGAGACAGCACCAGCUGGCCAAUUACCAAGAUCGGUUGACGUGAUACUCGACGAUGAUUUGGUUGACUUGACAAAGCCAGGUGAUCGUGUUCAAAUAGUUGGUGUUUACAGAGCCUUGGGCGGUGGUGCUAAUAACAAUUCUUCGUUCAAAACCGUUAUCUUGGGGAACUCAGUUUAUCCAUUGCAUGCCAGGUCUACUGGUGUAGCUUCACAAGAAAAGAUUACUGAUCAAGAUAUAAGAAAUAUCAACAAGCUUUCAAAGGAGAAGAACAUAUUUGAAACUUUGUCCCAAUCGCUCGCUCCCUCGAUUUAUGGGUUUGAAUACAUUAAAAAGGCAGUCUUGUUGAUGAUGAUGGGUGGUGUUGAAAAGAACUUGGAUAAUGGAACACAUUUGAGAGGUGAUAUUAAUAUCUUGAUGGUGGGUGACCCAUCGACUGCCAAGUCGCAAAUCUUGAGGUUUGUGUUAAACACAGCAUCUUUGGCGAUAGCCACUACGGGUAGAGGUUCCUCAGGUGUUGGUUUGACUGCGGCAGUCACCACUGAUAAGGAAACUGGUGAAAGGAGAUUGGAAGCAGGUGCAAUGGUUUUGGCUGAUCGAGGUAUUGUGUGUAUUGAUGAGUUUGACAAAAUGUCUGAUUCCGAUAGAGUUGCUAUUCACGAAGUGAUGGAACAACAAACCGUUACUAUUGCCAAGGCAGGUAUUCACACAUCACUAAAUGCUAGAUGUUCAGUUAUUGCAGCUGCCAAUCCAGUGUUUGGGCAAUACGAUGUUCACAAAGAUCCACACAAGAAUAUCGCGUUACCAGAUUCCUUAUUAUCGCGUUUUGACUUGUUAUUUGUCGUUACGGAUGAUGUAAAUCCCACAAAGGAUAGAGUCAUUUCGGAGCAUGUAUUGAGAAUGCACAGGUUCAUUGCUCCAGGUAUGAUGGAAGGUGAACCUAUUCGCGAGAAAUCAAGUGUGACACUUGCAGUUGGGGACGACGAAACCAACGAAAAGGAGUUGUUGGAGCAGCCAGUUUUUCAGAAAUUCAAUGCUCUACUACACGCGGGCGUUGCCAAAACGGGGCGCGGUAAGAAGUCACCAACUAUCUUAUCCAUUCCAUUUCUCAAGAAAUAUAUUCAAUAUGCCAAACAAAGAAUCAAGCCAGUUUUGACAAAGAGCGCAUCCGAUUACAUUGUUGUUACAUAUUCUUCCUUGCGUAAUGAUUUGAUUGGUAAUAACCAAAGAAAUACAGCACCAAUAACAGCGAGAACUUUGGAAACAUUAAUUCGUCUUGCAACAGCUCACGCUAAAGUAAGGCUUUCGAAAACUGUUGAAGUCAAAGAUGCAAAAGUUGCUGAAGAAAUGUUGAGAUUUGCUUUAUUCAAAGAAAUUGCAAAGAAACAACAUAAGAAAAAGAGAAGGACCGAAGCUGAAGCACUCGAUUCUGACCUGGAAGUAUCCGGGGAUGAGAAGGGAGAAGAAGAACAAGAAGAAGAACAACAAGAAGAAGAAGAAGAGGUGGAUAACUUGAGACCAAGUGAGAGACGAACAAGAUUGAGGGGACAACAGCAAGCUCAACGCCAAGAAAGCACAUCUCCACCAUCAACUCCCGUUUCAGCAAAUGUCGGAGACACGGACGCAGUUGAUGCAGAAGAACAGUUAGUAGGAGAGCAACUUGAAAACAUGCAUUUGACAAAUGCACCACAAGCAGAAGCACAAACAUCCGUAGCAACAACAAUGGCCAAUAGAAAUACAUCAGGCGCACUUUCUGAGAUGUCUCAUAAUGCACCUCCUGCAACUACAACACCAUUGGCGGAUCGUACUCUCAAUGCUGAACAAUUGCCCACCAUUAGUGAAGAAAGAUUCCAGCUUUUCUUUAGAACUUUGGGUCAAGUUGUUCAAACUGAACUCUUCAACAAUGACAGUCAGUGUGCCCCUUAUGAUGCUGCAGUUGCCGCUGUUAACGAUUUAAUUGAUCAGGAAGAGAAAUUUACCGAUGCAGAGUUGCUUAGCGCUACAAACAGAAUGCUGGACGAAGGUAAGAUUUUCCUCGAGGGUGGCAAAAUAUGGCGUAUUUAG